AUGAAAAAACAUUUCACAGUUAACCCUUUCUUCUUAACUUGCUUUUUUUAUUGUCGCCAUUUUGUUUUCUCUGCUUUCUUUAUCUUUUUUCUCUUCCAGUUUUCUUCUUUUUCUCAUUUUGUCUUGCAUUGCUUUUCUUCUCUUAUACUAAUAUUUUCAUCUUUAUUUCUUUCCUUCUUUCUCACUCAAUUUAAUAUAUCUUAUCUUCAUUUUCCUUCCAUUCUACUUUUUCUCUUUUCCUUCCUUCCUUUGCUCUUUUGUAUCUCAUCUUUUUUUCUUUCCUUUUUCUCUUUCUGCUUUAUCUUCUCCUCUUCUCUUUUCUGUGUCUUUUCUACCAUCUUUAUUUCUUUUUCCCAUGUUUCCUUAAAAUUUCUGAUAUUUGCUGUUUAUUUUAGUUACUCUUUUUUUUUGCAUCUCAUUUUUGUCUGCCUCCUUUCUUUUACAUUUUCCUUUUUUUUUUUUUUUUUUAAAUGUACUAUUUAUUUUAGUUCGCUUUUCUUUUCAUAUCAUCUUCAUCUUUCCCUUCUUUCUUUUUUCUUUAUCUGCUUUUUUUUCUCCAUGUCUUCCUUACUUAUCUCUCUCUUUUCCUCCCUUCCAGUCUUCUUCAUCAUUAUUUAUAAGGUGUGGUAUUUCUUUUUAUUACACUCUCUUUUAUUUCUUUCCGUUUGUGAUUCCACAAUUGUAUUUUUUUUUUUCAUCUUUCUCUCUGAUGUCGAUGUUGUAGUGCUUAUUUUUGUUCUUAGUUUAGUGCCACUUUUACUUUUGCAUUUUAGACUGAUGGUGUUGAUGAAUAGGAUGGGUUAA